AUGCCCACCUCUAAGAAAAGCAAAGUCAAGAUGCUUGCUCGCAAGGUUGUUGCGAGGAGAGAACAAAUCAAGAAAAUAAAUGAAAAAUUGAAAGCGGGUAGGGAAGAAGAACCCCAGAAAUCUGAGGAAUCAUUCAAGUCUGCUACUGGGGGGAAGAAACGAUUUCUUCUGAGACAGAACAGGAUUGUGCUAGUAGGAUCUAUGGCAGGUUUUGAAACUACUGAGUUUGGAAAGUUGGGUGGUGAAAAGAAAAAGAGAAAAGAAAAGGAGAAAGAGGGUGCUGGGAGUACUGUGAGGGGUAUGGGAAAAGGAGUGGUUGAUUCUUCACCCACUCCUAUUAGUCUAACUAAAGAAUCAAGUGCAAUGGUUAUUUGGGGUGAGGAAUUUGCUACAAUAGAGGAGGAUGUGAGAAAAACUGGGGGAAGUGGGUCUGGAGAAGCUACUGAGGGGCUGGUUCAACUUGGGAAAAAUGUAGAUAAACAUGUUCCAUCUGAACAUGAAACUCUCGCAAACCUACUGAAAAGGGUGACUGCGAGUUACAAUCCAAAGAAGAAAAGAAGUUCAGGAGUUAACACCCCUGGCACUGCUAGGGAAAAUAAGAAAAGGAAGGCUGCCUCUUCUAUCCCUGUUGAAAUUCCUCCCACAAGAAAUCAGAAGAAGCAGAGUGAGGCUGAGCUGAAGAAAGCCUUAGAAGAAAGUAAAAGAAAAGUUGCUGCUAAGGGAAAGAAGAAGGUUCUGAUUCCCAAAGCUAAAAAAGCCAAGACUUCCACCAAGAAGUCUGUUUCAAAGUCAAAGUGCAUUGAACCAUCCACUUUGGCUAAAAGAACUAGGUCUGUUGUGAAAUCAAGAAAAGUGAAAAUUACGGAGGAAGAAGAAUGGAGUGGAGAAGAAGAAGAUGAUGAUGAUGAUGAUUCUGAUGCUGAAAAAGACAAGACGGUCAAAUUUGGAAAGAGGACUAUUUUGAAAGGCAGACUCCUCAGGGGAUUGGAGGAGGAAGGAAUGGUGAAGCUUUUUGAGAAGUUACAGUUGCAAGGCUAG